AAACAUUUUCUACAAAAAUAUUGAAAAAUUUUGAAAUUUUGUUUUUUUCUUUAGGAUAAAGAAAUUAGCAAUCAUGUGAAAUUAGCAACAUUUCGUAUUCUUCGUCGUCUAACACAUACAUAUAAUAUAACUCUCGAAUGGAUCUAUAAAAAACAAGAUUCACCAUUACCAAUUGGUAAUUCCACAAAGAAAACUGUUCGCAAUCGUGGUGCUCCUACUGAACCACUUGAUGAUAUCCUUAUAUGUUUACCAUCUACAUUUAAUUUAACUCCACAAUCAUUAAUUAAACAUUUGGAGUUUUUAACAACGAAACUAAACGCAUCAAAUGCAAAAUAUAUUAGUGAUGCUAUGUUAAGUAUUUCAAGAAAAAUAUCCGAUGAAAUAUUUCUAGAAAAAUAUCUUGAUUUUAUACAAAAUGAACAAUUUCAAAAACUUGGUACAACAGCAAAUAAAGAACUUCUUCGUUUAUUAGUUGAAUAUGUAUCAAAUACAAAUUUAAUAAAGUUAAUUAUUAAGCCAAUAUGGAAUAAACAUCCACAUCAAGAUGUUCGAGCAAGUCUUAUCUUAACUUUACUUCAUUUUAUUGGUAAAACGUCUUCAGAAGAAGAUGAAAAUAUUAUUUGGGAGAUUCUCGAAGAAGCAGCAGAAGACGAUUAUCUUCCCGUUAUAAAAAUUUUAUUUGCUGAUCAACGAAGAAAAUCCUUUCGGCGACGAAAAUCUGCUCGAGGAAAAUCUUCUUGGCCAUUAACAAAACUAAAACAUUCAUCUGAAAAUGUCUUUGAAACAUUUAUUAAUCGAAUACAAUUGAAAGUCUUAGAUCAUCCAACAUCAUUAGAAGCACGUUUAUUGGCUUGGUCAAAUAUUGAUUAUGAACAUUGUGAUAAAAAUAAGUUAAUUGAAAAAGGUCAAGAAAUAUGUGUUCAAUUUGAUAAAGAUGGAAAUACUUUAUGGGAAAAAGCUUUUGAAAAAAUUCUUUCAAUUUAUAAACAAGAAAAAACAUCUUCAUUUGAUAUUAUUAUUGAUAUUAUUAAAAAAAUGAUGUUACGUCGAGAAGAAAUCGAUGUCAAUGAAAAUGAAAAUGGAAAUGAUAGUCAACAUGAUUUACCAGUUUAUCAUCGUAUUCAAGAUGUUUUAAAAAAUCUUAAUUCUCAUGUGAUAACAUUUGAUAAGGAGAAAAAAACUGCUUUUCAUUCAAUAACAUCAAUUAUUCUUCAAUUUGAUAAAACAUUAGCUUAUGAUUUGUCAAUAAUAUUAAUUGAAAUAGCUGAAAGUAAAGAAGAUCUUGAAGAUAUAUUAAAAAAUUUAGAAGAAAAUUUACCGAAAGAUUAUUUUGAAAGAAUAUUAACAGAAUUAUCAACUUUCAUUGUUAAUAGUCAAUCUUGUUGUUUUAUUAAAGAAUUAAAUGGUAAUGAAAAACUUGAAUUAGCUCAAUGGUUUAUCAAAGAAAAAAAACGAAUAUUAUUUGUUUUUAAUUUUCUUGUAAAACAAGUUUUUUAUGAAUUGAAUAUUGAUCGAGAAGAAUAUAAAAAUCUUCUUCGACAAAUGCGACAAAGUGACAACUUAUUUAUACGAAGAGAAGCUAUGAAUUAUACUGUACCAUGGACAGAAGACGGUAGUCUUACUGGUAGACAUAGUUAUUCUGGUCGGGGACGAGGACUUUAUUAUGGUGGAUAUUGA